AUGUAUAUUGAAAAGUUAAACUUGAGUUCAGAAAAUGCGAAAAUAACAAGUUUAGAUUUUCAGCCUAAUACUGACUUAAAUAGACUAGCUAUUUCAAGCUUACACCAAAUAAAAAUAUAUAGUAUUCCACAUUAUAAUAUAAAUACAAAAAAUAAGUUAAAAAUUGAUUUAUUAUUUGUAAGUAAUGAUCACAAUUUAGUUUAUAUUAAUACGAUCAGAUGGAGUUAUAAUGGUAAUUUUUUGGCUAGUUGUGAUAGUGGGGGUACACUAGUUUGUUAUGAACUGGACAUAAAUAAAAAUAAUAUUAAAAAACAUAAUGAAGAUAUAAAAAAUAAUUACACAAAAUCAAGUAAUAACCCAUUUGCACAAGCAAAUAAUAAUAAAGAAGAAUGGAAAAUGAGUAAAUGCAUAAAAAUACAUGAAAAUGGAGAAAUUUUUGAUUUAUCAUGGUCACGUGAUAAUGAACAUGUUGUAUGUGGGGUUUCAAAUGGAAUAGUUUAUAUAUUUAAUUUAAUAAAAUCAUAUGUGUCACAUAAACUUUUUGUAAAAGGGACUACGGAAAAUAUAAAAGGAGUUUCUUUUCAUCCAACAAAUAAUUUAAUCAUUGCUCAAAGUAGUGAUAAUAUUAUGUGCAUAUGGAAAAAGGUAAACAUAUAUCCUGACCAAAAUAGCAUGGAUAUGAUACACCAACAAAAAGGUUGUUUUGAUAUAAAUGAAAAUAAAAGUCAUCAAUUUUAUGAAUCUGGAAAUAUAAAAAAUGAUUUUUCAUCAUCACAGGGAAUAAUAGGAAGAGAAUAUUUUGAAUAUGUAUAUGAAGAAAAUAUGAAUAAAAAAUAUAAAAAUAUUGAUACUCCAACUAUUCGCCAUAUUUAUUUUGAUAAUUUUGGUAAAUAUGCAAGUAUUACACAUAUACCUAAUAAUGGUAGAAAUUGUGGCAUAUUACUUAAAAUGAAAAAUAAAAAUGACCAAUAUAUAAAUAAAAAAAAAAUUUAUAUGGAUGGGCAUGGAAGUUGUAUGCGAGUUGCUAAAAUAGGGCAAAAAGUUUUUGUAGAUAUGAAAAAAAAAAAAUUAUAUUGUUUAUAUUGUCAAUGUAGUGAUAAUGGUGUAAUUUCGUUAUGGAAAAUUUUUUUAAAAAGGAUAGAAAAACCAUAUAUUUUAAAAAAUAAAAAAAAUGAGAAAAAAAGGCGUGAUAAAAUUGCAUUAGAGAAGUCUAAAAUAGGUAGUAAUAAUAACAUAAAUAUUUCUAAAGAAAAAAAAAACAAAGUAAAUAAAUAUGCACAAUGUUUUUUGAUUCUUCAAAAUUUAUUGGAGGAACAAACAUGUGCUGUCGAUUUAAGUUGGUCUGAUAAACAUAACCAAUUAAUAAUUGGGGGAUCAAAUGGAUCUGUUUAUAUUGUACAAAUAGAUAUUAACAAAUUAAAUUUAGAGCCAUUUUAUCAUAAAGAAUAUGUACAAAUAAAUGAAAUAUUUGUUAGAAAUAAAAGAGAUGAAAAAAUCAGGAUAGAGGAUGAAAAAUUAAUUAUAAAAAAUAAAAUAAUUAGAGAUAAAAUCAUAGGAGAUAAAUUUUUUGAUAAAAUUGUUCAGAGAAGUUUUGAAAAAAAUGGAGAUCGAAUUGAUGGAAAAAAAAUUAUAGAAAAUACUGGAGAAAAAAAAGUAAAAAAUAGAUUAACACCAAAAAUUAAAUAUUUAUAUGAUGAAUAUGGAAAUAUAAUUGAAAAUUCGAAAUCACAUGAAGUUAUUCAUAUUUUAAAUUGUACAAUAUAUCCUUCAAAUGAUGACAUAAGUAAAUAUUGUGAUUUUUCUUUUUUGCCAUUUAAUAAAAAGGAAAACAUAAAUAUUUUUUCAAGUUACGGAAAGCACACAAACUAUAUAAGUAACAAAAUGAGAAAAUGUAAUCUAGAUUAUUUCAUCAAUCCUCACUUUUUCAAUUUUUCUUCCUUUCUAAAUUAUUUUUUAUAUGUAAUUAUUAGUUCUAUUUAUACUAUUAUUCAAAACUGUGAUUUUAUUUGGAAAAUUAUGAAAAAAGAAAUACCUAAUACCUUAUACAUUCAGUUCAUUCCCUUCACUAUUGAUUCAAUUCCAAGUUUGCUCCUUCGAUAUAUUUCUUAUAAAGAAAAAAAUCCUCAUCAAAAUUUUUUACAAAAUAAUUGUUCCAUAUUAUUAAACAAUAUUUAUACUUUCUCUAAAUUUAAUAAAAUUCUUUAUUUUAAUAUAUUUCAAAACGGACGAAAAUAUUUCCGAGGUUGUUCCUAUGAUGCGAGUAGAGAUGCAAGUAAAGAUGCAAGUAAAGAUGGGGAUAGAAAUGCGAGUAGAGAUGCAGGAGGUAAUAGCGAGGGGAAUAGAUAUCGAAAUGACGGAAAUAAAAAUGUAGAAUCAUGGAAUAAUAAUGGGGGUAUUGGUGGAAAUGGUGGAGAUGGAAAUGAAGAAAAAAAACGAAAAGAAGAAAAUACACAUGAAGGUGAUGAAUAUUCGAAUGAAAAUAAUAAAAAUAAUAAAAUAAAAAAUAACAACAAUACUGAUUGUAAACAAAUAGAAAAAUCAAGUAGCAAUACAAAUAAAAAAGUACGAAAGAAUAGUAAAAAUAAUAUCGAUAAACAAGGAAAUAACAAAGGGUUAGAAAAUAAUAAUAGUAAAAAAAAAAGUUCUACACUUAUAAAUAAAAAAAAAUUAACUAAUAGUGAAGAAAGUAUAAUUAAAAAUUAUAAUGAAAUAAUAAAUGCACAAAAUUAUGUAGUAUCAUCAAUCAAUGAUCAAAUAUUUGCAAAUUCAAAUAACCAAGCUAAUGCAACAAUGAUAGAAAAUGGAAUAAACGAUAAUAAUCCUGAAAAACUUUCAUUGCAAAACAUUAAAGAUAUUAAUGACGAUGUUUAUAAUAUUUAUAAAAAAGAAAAUGAUAAAUAUAGUGGCAACACUUCAAUUGAUGUGGUUAAUUCUACUAAUUAUAUGAAUCAAUAUUGUGAAGGUACAAAUAAUAUAUCCAAUACUAUGAAUUAUAUAUCGAUAAAUAUGAACAAUGAUCCAAAUAAUGUUAUGAAGAAUUUAAAUAAUAUGAAUGAUAGUAAAACCGCAAAGUUUAUUAAAAAUUCAUCUCCUAAGAAAAAAGAAGAUAAAGAAAUGAAAAAUGAUGCAAUUAAUGAUUCUAAAAAGGAAAAGAAAGAACCAAAAAAAGAAAAAAAAAAAGUGAAGAAACAACAAGAGGUAGAAAAUUUAGGCGAAGGAAAAACGGAAGGAACAAAGCAAAAAAAGAAUGAAGGAAAAAAAGAAAAAAAAAUUGAAGGAAAAAAAAAUGUUAAAAAAGGUUCGAAUAAAGUAACCAAAGGGGAUACAGAAAUGGGAAACGAAUGUAAAGUUGUUAAAGGAGGAAAAAUGGCUAAAGAAGUUAAGGAACCCAAAGGUACUAAAGGGUCUAAGGCAGUCAAGGAUUCAAAUGAAACAAACAAAUCCAACGAGCUGGUUCCAGAAAACAAACCGAAUCAACUAAUUGAUCAGAACGAUAAAAAUCAACUAACCCAAACAAAUACACAAAAGGCAUCAAAUAACCCAAAUAUGGGGAAUGAACCAAAUGAGCUAAACGACCCAACUGAAGAAAAUAAUAGCACCCCGAAAAAGAAGGAACCGAGCAGAAACCAGAAAAGAAAUUCCAACAAAGGAACAAAAAGAAAAUCCGCAAAAAAUAAUAAAAAAGAUGAAAAUGGAAAUAAUUCCGAUAUUGAAUGGGAAAAUUUUAAUCCACAUGCCGAAUUAUUUUGUCCAAUUAUAAGAAAAGAAGAUAGUGAAGAAGUAGGAUAUAUGACAUAUAGCUCUCCUGUUAAAUUUGGAAAUGAAGUUAAUGAUUCAAAUGAUAUGAAUAAACAAAAUAAAAAUAAAAAAAGAAAAAGUGUAGAUAAUAUAAAUAAAAAAAAAGGUAAAAACAGUAAUGAAUGCUUAUUAUUUAAUGAUACAAAUGAAAAUAAUGAUAAUGAAUGUUUGGAUAAAAUUGUGAAGUGUAACAAAUAUGAAGAAGGAGAAAAACGAAAUAACAAAUCAAAGAAUGAAAAUAGCUUCUUUAAAAAUGAGGAAACAAUUGAUAAUACAAAAAAUAUAAAUAAAGAAAUUAGAAAAAAAAAUAUAAAUAAAAGAAGCAAUGAAAUUGAUAAAGAAUACGUCGAAGAAAAUAAUGAUACUAUGGAAAAAAAUUUAAAAAAAAAUAAUAAAAGAGUAUAUGAAAAUAUGUAUAGUUCUAAUAGUGUACUGGACAAACAAAAUUAUAAUUUAAAAAAUGCACAUAAUAAUUUGAGUUUUUCAAAUAAAUAUACAGGAGAAAAAUAUAUGAAACGUGAAAUAAAAAAUAGUAGUAAUUAUCCUCAUAUCAAUACUAGCGCAAGCAAUGCAUUUGGACGAAAUGAUUACCAUAAUGAAUUUGAAGCACUUGAAAUAGGAAAAGAAAAAAAUAAUAAUAAUAACCGAUAUUUAGAUAAUUAUGAACAAUCACAAAGAAAUUUAAACAACAAAACGAGUCAUGAUUUUUAUAAUUACAAUUCCCAUUCUCAUUUAGAUAAAUAUUCUUCAGUAGAAAAUGCACAAUGUGAGGGUAACAAUUAUCACAUAAAAAAAUUAAGAUCAAAUGAAAACGAAAACUAUAAAUAUUAUCAAUCUUAUAUAAAACGUGAAUAUAAUACAAAUUUAAAUUUAAUUGAUGUUAAAAAAGAGGAGUUUGAAAAUGGAAGUAGUAUGUAUAGUCAAGAAGAAUAUAAUGACCCAGUGGAAAUAUAUGGAUACAAUUCGAAUGAAUUUGAUAAAUAUAAGGAAUUGAAUUUUAAAAAUAAAAAAAGAAAAAUUUAUAAUAAAAUGAUAAAUACGAAUAUUAUGAACAAUUUUGAUAUGAAUAAUAUGCAUGAUCCAAAUUAUAUCGAUUUUAUACGCACUAAGAAAUAUAAUGAUCAAAUGAAUUAUAUUUCAAAAGGGUAUGAUAAAAGAAAUAGCAAAAAAAUCAGAAUAAAAAAUAGCGAAGACAUUGAAACAAUUUAUGAAAACAAUCAAUAUAACAUGAAUGAUAUAUACAGCAAUGUGGAUGUUAUACAUAGUAAUCACGAAGAAAAAAAAAAUAAAAUGAAAAAAAUAAAUAUUAUUAAUGAUGUUCAAUAUGAAAAAUACAAAAAUAAAGUAAUCAUUUUUGAUAAUAGAAAAGAGAAUUGUUUAAUUUGUUGUAUGUGCAAUAAUAAUAAUAAUUUAGGGGGGAAAAAACAUUUUUAUUUAUUGUGGGAAGAUGAAAUAUCAGGAAAAAAAAUAAAAUAUACAGUUCAUGAUAGCUAUAUAUUUAUAAUAAGUUAUAAGUUCAAUAUUUUUCUACUUAACAUUUUUAACAUAAAUAGUAAAAUACUUAUUCAUGAUUAUGUAUUACCAGAUAAAUAUAUAGCUGAUUUUGUUAUAAUUAAAAGUUUUAACAUUGAUGGAAAUAUUUACACAUUUUUUUAUAUACAUGAUAAAAAGUAUUAUUAUAUUUAUCAAUUGUUAAACUAUUCAAGUGUUUUUUUGUUAUAUUCAUUUGAAAUAUCAAUGCUGAACUCACAUGUUGAAUCCAUAAAUAUCAGCAUUGUGGAAAAGUUACAAAACGAAGAUAUCUUAAGCAAAAGCUCCAAGAAAUGUUUUAAGAAAUACAAACAAAUUCUCAAAAAUAAAAACAAAAAGGAUUCCAUAAAUGAAGAGGAUAUAAAAAAUAAUCGAGAAACAAACGAAAACGCCGAAAUGGAAAAUGGUAAAUCUGGAAAAGGUGAAACAGAAGAACAAAAAAAAGAAAUGUCAAUAAAUAAAAAACAAAAAGAAGAAAACGAAAAAGAUGUAGAAAGGGAACUAAGAUUGAAGGAACUAAUACAUAGUAUUACAUUUUAUGAAAAUUUAAAAAUUGAAAAUAAAUCAAAUGAAAAACAAAAUAAAAAAUGUAACAAUUUUUUUUCAAAAAAAUCAAUAAAAAAAGAAAAACAGCAAUACAAUAUGUCAUAUUUCAAUCCAAAAUGUGCUAAUAAAUUAUUAACUCGUAUUCCAAAUAAAAUACAAAAUUAUUCAAGUCAAAAAAAAAAAAAAAAUAUUAUAAAAAAGAGUAAAGAAGAAAAAAAAAAAAACUAUUUUGAUGAUGUUUUUUCAAAUAAUAUACAUGGAAAUGAUUUGUUAUAUGAUUAUAUAUAUAGGAAAGAAAAUUUUUAUUAUAGCUAUAUGUGCAUAUAUAUUUUUUUAAAAAAUGGAAUGAUCUUCCUCAUACGAAGAAAUUUAAUGAAAACAGAAAUAACCAAUGAAAAUUAUUUUCCUGAAACAUAUUCAUCUGGUAUAAUAUCAAUGAGGCCACAUAUGUUUGAAGAAAAUGGGAUUACUUUAAUAUCUCGAUUAGAUAAUACUUAUUACAAUAAAUCGCUAUAUUGUGAUAUAAAUCUUCUAUUUAAUAGUAAGGAUGAUUAUUCAGACGAAAUAAAUAAUAAAGUAAUUUUACCAAGCACCGAUACAUUGAAUAGAUACACAUCAAAUGAAUACUUCAAUAAAAAUCGAAAUUUAAUUUUGUUCGAUAACUUAAUGGAUAUACAACAAAAAGGAAUGAAAAUUUUUUCAUCACAAAAUAAAAUAUUUAAUAUAUAUGAUUUUGACAUAACCAAAUUAAUAGAAUCUGAAGAAUUUAUUGAAGGACAUGAACAUCUAGGGCAAUCUUUUGAACCCAUUGUGAAGAAAGAAAAAGCUAAUACCGAUGAUGAUGAUGAUAAUACAAAUAAAUUUGGUAAAAUAGAAAACAAUAAAAAUAACUUCAUUUUACAAAAUUAUCAUGUUAUUAAAAGAGAAAAAGAUUGUAAUAUGGAAGAUAUACAUAUUAAAAAAGAGUUAAACAAAGUGAGCAAAGAUUUUCUUUAUGCUAUGAGUAUUUCAGAAGGAUUCAAAAAAAGUGAAAAAAAUUCAGAUUCUCAUGUCGAUACAAAUCUUUAUGUGAAAACUAUAAAAUAUUUAGAGAAUCAAAUGAAAUAUAGUAUAUUAAUUAUGAACAAAAAAUCAUUUUUAAAUUAUUUAUGUGCUUAUUUUAGCUUUUUAGUAGAAUAUUUAGAUAUUACAAGAAUUCAACAAAACUUUCAUUAUUUUAUGAAAAUAACUUUAUAUCAUUCAAAAAAAUAUAUUUCGAAAUUUGUAUUUUUCGAAAUCGACCAAAAUACAAAUUAUGAACCUUAUUGGUUAGAUACGAAUGCAUUAUUAUGCAUGAAUAUUCAUUUUUUCUUUUUAUCUUUGUUCUUAUAUUAUAAUUUUCUAUUACCUAUAUAUAAAAUUUUACGACAAAAAAAAAACAAAAAUACACACAUAUAUAAAUAUCACUCUUUUUUUCGUUUUAUCAAAGAAAUGCAUAAACAUAUGGUCCAAAUUGAUACAAUUUUUCAACGAGCCUUUCAUCGAUCAUUAUCCGUGUAG